CGCGGUACGUUUGCUCAGCUGAUUCGUUACUGAGACUGCUUGAAGCUAGACCUGUGCAGCGGUGAAGUGACUGGGAUUGCAGAAUUUUACGAGAAACCACUCUUUUACCCAAUCCUAUUGUGCUUUUUUAUUUUUUAAAUUCCCUGCAGAUGUUCUUUCCGAAACAGCAUGCUACUGCGUGCUUCAAUCAGCUGACAGCUGCUCGCCCCUCGCUUUUUAGCCGUAAGUCCGCUCUCCUGAACAGCCGGGAUGGCAGCCGAUCUGCAAGCCAAGUACCAGAAGCUGGCCCAGGAGUACUCCAAGCUACGUGCUCAGAAUCAGGUCCUUAAGAAGGCAGUAGUGGAUGAACAAGCAAGCUCAACUACGUUAAAGGACCAGUUAAAGAUGAAGGACCAGUCAUUGAGAAAAGUGGAACAGGAGAUGGAUAGCCUAACUUUCAGAAACCAGCAACUAGCCAAGAGAGUAGAGCUCCUUCAGGAAGAACUGUCAGUCUGUGAUACCAAAGGAAAGAAAAAUAAGCAUAAGAUUGGUGACUCCCCAUCACAGCAUAAUCAUCAACACCAAAGUGUAAUUAAUGAAGACUUGCAGAAGAAGAUUGAGGAGAACGAGCGACUUCACAUACAGUAUGCUGAGGCUGAUGAAAGGCACAGGCUGCUGGAGAAUCAACUGAGAGAAAGGCUAGAUGUACUAGAGAAGGAAACUGCCCAGCAUCAAGCCAUUGUGGAUGGACUGACCCAGAAGUACAUGGAAACUAUAGAAAGGCUCCAAAACGAUAAAGCUAGGCUUGAGGUAAAAUGCCAGACAUUGGAAAGAGAGGCUAAGGACUGCAGGUUCAGAACGGAAGAAUGCCAGCAACAGUUGAAAAAAUUCCACAUUGACCUGAGUAGCCGAUUAGAGCAGGCAACAAGCAUCAUUCAAGAGAAAGUUCCCUUUAAUGACACAGAAAAUGAAGAUUAUAAUACACUGACUGUACCUCCUCAUAAUCGAAGACAUCAGUUGAAAGCUCGGGAUGUCGCUGGCCAGGCAUUUGUCUUCAUUCAAGAUCUAGUUGCAGCACUUUUAAAUUUUCAUUCCUAUACAGAACAGCGUGUCCAGAUCUUUCCCAUUGAUUCAGCCAUUGAUGCAAUAUCACCUUUAAACCAGAAGUUCUCUCAGUACCUUCAUGAAAAUGCAGCUUAUGUACGACCUUUGGAGGAAGGCAUGCUGCAACUCUUUGAAACAAUCACUGAAGAGACUGUAACAACUUUGGAAACAACUUCGAAACUUACAGGAUUUUCUGACCAUUUCACUUCUUACACUUGCUUUCUUCAAAAGAUUCUGCCUUAUCAUUUAAAAAGUUUGGAAGAAGAAUGUGACUCUUCACUUUGUACAAAAGCACUGAAGGCAAAAAAUAUGGAAAUAUAUGGUGAUGUAAAGAAGAUCUCGUUGGUAUUUGAAAAAAUACAGAAUUAUAUAAACCUUCUUGCUUUACCCAGUACGAAACCUCAAGCUCUUCCUCCUGCAAACUAUAAUGCAGUAUUCACUCAGCUGGCAGCGUGUCUUCAUGGGCUCCAAGAUGUUACCAAAGACCUGUCUAAGCACUAUACACAGAAGGCCGCACUAGAGCAAGAGCUGCCAACACUCACACAGAAGUUGAAGACUACCAAUGAGUGCAUCCUGUCCUCCUUAGUGUCCUUGACCAAUGUAACUGGAAAGAUAGCUACAUUUUUCAGCAACAAUCUAGAUUUCUUCACAGCAUCAACGGGAUAUAGACCAAGAGGAGGAGCUGGGACCAUGAACCCUCUUCAUGCAGAGUGUAUGCUUCAGUAUAAGAAGAGCGCAGCUAGCUAUGUCCAGUUAUUAAGAAAGCCACGGCCAGAAUCAGUGCCUUAUGAAGAAGCAUUGGCAAACCAAAGAGUUCUUCUAAGUUCUGCAGAGAGCAGAGAGGGACUUGCCCUACAGGUACAGCAAAGUCAAGAAAAGAUUGCAAAAUUGGAUCAAGAGAAGGAGCACUGGAUGCUUGAGGCACAACUUGCCAAGAUUAAAUUAGAAAAAGAGAACCAGAGAGUGUCAGAUUUGGAAUCUCAGUUAAUUGGGGUCAUCAGCAGGCAGCCAUCUCCAAUUCUCCAAGAGAAUCUCAGUAUUCAGCCAAAAACUCCUGAAGAGGAAGAGGUAGAGAGAAACACUGGACAGCCUGUGCGGAGUGAAAGCUUGAUUGGAAUUCUUUUGUCAACAACUAACAGUGAUGAGGUUCCUGAUGAGGAGUGCCGUGAACAGCUUAUUAAAAAUCACUAUAUGGCCCGAGUAGCUGAUCUGACAUCCCAGCUGCAAGUAGCUGACAGCAAAGCCGUGCAUUUCUAUGCAGAGUGCCGUGCCUUAGCUAAACGAUUAACUCUAGCUGAGAAGUCAAGAGAAUCCUUAACAAAGGGUAUGAAGGAUGCAAACCAGAACAUUAGUCACUUGCAGGAUGAAUUGACGACAACAAAAAGAAGCUAUGAGGACCAACUUAGCAUGAUGAGUGAUCAUUUGUGUAGUAUGAAUGAGACAUUGACUAAGCAGAGGGAAGAAAUAGACACAUUAAAAUUGGUCAAUAAGGGAAAUUCCAAGAAAAAUAAGACUCGAUAGAAGAAAGAAAAAAAUGAUCUCUUCAUCGACAAAAUGGACAAUGAAAGCAAAAUGUGUGAUAUUUCUGGUCUCAUGGAGUGUCUUGAGAGAGGGGAUAUGAGAUGUCCCUUGAGAUUGGCUUUCAGCAAAUAGCCAAAAACAAAUUCUGCAGACUGUUAAUGUGUAAGUUGCAGAUGGUGUAUACAGUGAUCAGCUGUACAACAAAUGAGGGUCUCACUAAAAGUUUUCCAAUAUAUUUUCACAAGCAGACUUAAGUCUUUUUUUUCUGUGAAAUCACAUUAAUAUUUUUCUUUUACAAUGCAGUGUACUAUUUCAACCUUAGAAUCAGCAUCUAGCAACUUUUUUUUUUUCCAAUACCAGCUCAUUGUUUAAACAUCUACAGCUUUGCAACGGAACAAUAAUUUAUUUUACAUGGAAAUAGUUUAAUCUGAUUAUACUGAGGCAGUCGGCACAGUUAGAUUUACUUUAAUUGUAAUGAGUGCUGCAAGGUUACCUGCUGGUUCUGUUAAUUUCUUCUGUAAUUUUCCCAAAUUACAUUUUCAUUUUUAUUUUGUUAUCCCUCUGCUAUUAUGGACUUAAGACGUAUUUUCCACUGUGACGUAAAUUGUGUUGUAUUUAUUUGAAUUUAGUCUCCAUCUUUGUUUCUUAAAAAGGGGUUCACUCAUAGAAAGGUUCCUUUGAGUUGUGAUAAGGUGAAAGAAACCCUAAUCAGUGUCUAGUGAUUCAUAAUGGUAAUUAUGGCUUCCCUUUGUUUGGCGUUGAUCAUUGACUGAAAUGCACAAGACAUUUUGGGGAAACAAAAUUAUGUUAACACUCCAGCCCCUCUGGGCAGUUGUUUAAACUUAAUUAUGAAGGAAGAAGGUGCCACACUUGCCUAUAACUUCCAGUUUUCAGCAUGCAGUUGGACUAGGAACACAGUCUUCUGGAAACUGAGACCAAUAUGUACCUUUAAGACAUAACAGGGCAGAUCUGUGGAGGCAGGUCUUAGAUAUGAGAAGCUUCCUAUUGUAUUUUUUUACCUCUUUCAGUUUCUGUGGGAGCUUUUUCAAAAGCUCUUCUAGAUGUUCAAACACCAUCUUGAGCUCACAGUACAUUUAAACUGGUUAAUAGGCACUAGUGGUACUGUGUAUGUGUUAAGGAAAUGUUUAAACAUCAUUGGUGCAGUGAUCUGUUUAAGAGAGACAUUGUAACUACUUAAUCAAUGUGUGUGUAUAUUUUGCAUUUGUAUUCAUGUUACAGCUGUUUAGUGUAAUUUCUCUACAUUUAAAAUGGAACACAAAAUUCUGCCAGUGUAUAGGAGUUCUUUGAAAUUAGCUCAUGGCAAGUGCAUUUUAUGUGAAAUGUAAUACUCACUGUAUACUUUGUCUGCUGCAUUAAAAUCCCUAAGACAAUUUGUACAAGUAAAUUAACCCAAAGGUGAUUUGA